ACUCCCAUUUUGUGACAACCAUGGAAACACGGAGGAAACACAGAGGCGGAUCAAUGAAUAAUAACCCAGCGAGACUGGUCAUAGUCAUUAGCUAAGCUGAAUAAGGAAAUGAAUAUGCGGUGUCUACACUAAUGGUUUAUAAGGAAAUGAUAUACUUUAGCCAUAAAUAAACCAUUAGGGCACAGUCUACUAUCAACUUUCAAGCAUACCACAAUAAAGCUUAGAAGAUGUCGCCUUUGACGUAUUGCCGUCGCAUAAUUUUGCUGUUUACAAUCGUCAUCUCCCCCGGUGUGAGGGGUACGGAACUGGCAGAGAAUGGGGUAAACGUUGACACCAGUAAGGCUCUUUAUUUUAGGGAAACCCGUGACUUAUCAGCCCAAAAUAGGGUACAUAAGGUCGGACAAGAUACCAUCAUCGACGUCGUAUACGAGAGAACAUCGUCAUCAUCCUCGGCAUCGUUUGGAAAUGUCGAUGAUGAGGGGAGGAGGUUGAGGAGAGGUAGUGAUGAUGCAGGUCGUAGUAGGAGUAGACGAUCAACAGAUUUCUCGUCAAUGGAUGCAGAUGCUAUCGUUGCUAAACACAACGAGGGAAGGAGUAUGGUUUCACCCGAAGCUGCCAAUAUGAAGACUAUGGUUUGGAACGGAGCGUUAGCAUCGAUGGCACAGGAAUGGUCUGACGGCUGCUACUACGAGCACGGUAACCCAGAUAAUGACUCUGGCUUCACUGCUGUGGGCCAGAAUCUCUACAUCAAAUGGGGCCUUUCCGCACCGGGGACCCCUCCCGAUGGGACGGCUGCUACGCAAGCCUGGUACAAUGAAUAUGCGUUUUAUAACUAUGAUGAUAGGACAUGCCAGGCCGGGAAACAGUGUGGACACUAUACCCAGAACGUAUGGGCAUCGACAUAUGCAGUUGGUUGUGGGUUGACAUUCUGUUCUACAGCAACCGAUGCCGAUGGCAAUUCCUACAACGGUGCUUGGCUCAUUACGUGUAACUACGGACCCGCUGGUAACUAUGUAGGCGCAUCCCCGUACGUGAGUGGGCCAUCAUGUACCAAAUGUGAGAGUGGCAGUGGUCUGUGCAAGGAUAAUCUAUGCAGUGACUGUUCACCCUCAGAAGCUGAAUGUGAGUGCAGGGCCACUUGUAAUAACUGCGGAACACUAAACAGUGACUGUACAUGUACAUGCGCAGAUGGCUGGCAUGGCUCUGAUUGCGCAACUUACUGUGAAGAUACACAUGAAAACUGUGGAGCUAAUCCUGGAUGGCCUCUCAGUUGGUGCGAUAGGAGUUAUGUCAUUGAUGGAUGUCCUGCUUUCUGUUCUUUAUGUAAUGCUGAAGACCCAGAUUUUGUGUGUACUCAAACAACUACCACACAACCGGCAAGUUCUACGCCUACAACAUCCAGACACAAUUCUACAACGCUGAGCCAAACGUCAGAAGGAGAGAUAAGGACCGCAACCCAAUCCAUGGCCGACUUUCUGUCUACAACAUUUUAUGAUACAGUCGAGACGACAACAUCGACAACAAAUGUUGCUGUCACUUCCUGCUCUCUUUCUAACUGUCUGCAUGAUUCGGCUUUUGAUGAAGAAAUGUGUAGAUGCAACUGUACCAGAAGUUAUUAUGGGAACAUUUGCCAGCAUGCAGCUAGUCGAAGAAAUAAUGGAGUUCUUAUUCUCCUAUUUGAAGACUUCGAAGACUGGAAUUCCAUUCAAGCAAGCGUGAUGGGAGCUCUUCGAUCAAGCGUCAUCAACUACUGCAGUACAAGGCAAUCAACAUGCUGUCCAGCUGCAAACAAUACUAACAUUGAUUUUGCUACUACUGGUGUCACCUUAGAUGACGAUUAUCCUGAGAUUACUUUAGAUUAUUCAUCAGCAGCUUACUGGAUACUAGUAACAGGGAUCUCUCCUGUCGCUCCUGGGUUGUGUCGUCAAAACGACGGCGGCUUAUUAAGCGCUGAUGUCGUCCUCGCAGCUAUUAGACAAGACGAGACCAGUCUUGAAUCAAGUCUAAGUGUUAAUAUCGAGACAAUCAUGGAAAGCAGUGCUACACACCUAGUCUUUUCACCGACCGUCAUCAUAUCAAAUAUGUUACUUGCUUACAUUCUCUAUCUAGGCUUCUAGACCUGCAGACUGCAUGGGGGCUAUGUAAAAAUACCAUUACAUUCAUUUGGUUGGAAUAAACAAAAAUGUUUAUUUAUUUCUUAGUCGUAAAUAGAUCAUGUGUUGUAAUACAAUCGGAGGACAUCAUAUAUAACUUAUUUUCUCUGGCAUUAUGUUAACAAGAAGUAUGUUUAUAUAAUCUUUAUAAGAUGAGGUUCGUUGUCUUUCAUCAUCCGUCAUCUAUCUCGCAAUCUUAUUUCUAUUUUAUAAGAAUUAUGAUUAUUGAUAACUUUCGACGGGAAAUAAGCAGGUGAUCACUAAAGGGGUGUUGCAUGAAACUUGCGAUCAAUUGCAAGUCUAUUUUCGGUUCCUACAUCAAUCAUAAUUAUGUCUUGUAAUUCAUUGAAAAUUUGUGAUUGAUUGCUAAUCUACUCCUUGAAACAAGGAGUAUAAUAUGAUUUGCUACAGCUAAAACUGAUCUAUCAAUAUUGUAAAAUUGUAACAGAAUGUUUGCAAUUGAUUGCAAAUAUUCUGUUGCAACACCCUUACUUGUCAAAGGUGACAUCCUGUUAAAGUCCCAGUUGCCGGAUACCAAAGAUCUUUUUUUUUCUAUCAACGUUCAACCUGAUUUGUUAUUACAUUCGUAUGAAAAUUUUAUAGCAUUUGUAUUUUUAUAUUAAUACUAUUGGUGUUUAAAUUAAUUUUUGGGAAAUUUUAGUUAUGUUGUAUUUUUUAAAUGUCAUUUUGUAGGGCCUAUUUUAUUAUUUUAUGCGACCACUUUAAGUACCGCUAAUAUGAGCCGGUAACGUGCGUUUAUGCAAACUCGUCCACCUCGUAUAAUCAUCGAUAUAAAGAUAAUUACGAAUGAUGAUUGUCGUUUAAAAUAAUUAAACUUUUGUAAUGAAACUUUUUGUAUGAUGCAAUAAUGAGGAAGGGAGCAUGUAAUGAUAGUCAGUAAUUUUCACUGGCUAUACUGAUAUAAUCUAUAAUAUAAUCGUUCUAUCUGAGUGGCUCAGAGUAAAUUACUUGUUGAAUAUCACUUUUUGUUUCAUGAAACCUUCCUUAGAAGUAAAAAUCGAAAAUUGCGUGACGAAGUAUACGGUGAAAUGGUUUAAAUGCCAUUAUUUUUUGAAGUACCGAUUUCUUUCUUCGAUUUUGAUCAGUCUAAAAUUUGAUAUAUUUGUACUUUGUAUUUGAUGUAUUUCUUGUGUUUACAGUACUUAGUACUUAAUACUACACUGCAAAAACUCCGGUGUUGAUUUAACACCAGCCCGGAAUCUAUAUAUGUCCACACCAGAGAAGUAUUGAAACAACACCAUUUUGGAAUCAAACCGAUGCUGUUUUAAAACUAAUUGGUGUUGUAUGAACACCCAUCUGGCAUGUCUGGUGUUAGACUAAUACCAAACCCGGUGUUGUUUGACACUUCUCUGGUGUGAACAUAUAUAGAUUCCGGGCUGGUGUUUAAUCAACACCGGAGUUUUUGCAGUGUAGUACUUCAGUACUUAAUGGGUAUCAUCCAAGCAGGUCUAUCGCAAUGCAAUGUAAUUUUAUGUAGAAUUAUAAUGUUGAACAUUUAUGUAAUAAGUUUGUAGAAGGGUGUUCACGUGUUAUGAGACCGGUAAGACCGACUCCAGACCAACCAUCUUCAAACGACAUGUCAUCGUUUAGUUUGGGAUCGGUUUCGUUUAUGUGACGGUAUCUUUAGUGAUAAUUACAGCAUGUACAUUCUGAUAAUCAGGAUUGGCUUUUAGGGGGGAUACAUGGGCAUAGCCGUACGCAGAUUUUUUAUUUCGGGGGGGGGGGGGCAAGACGCGUGAAAAUUGAAAGCGAGGAUCGAGCGUAGCGACCAAGCCUGUCAUUAGGCGCUAUUGCAUUUUCUAAAGUGAAAUUGAAGGAUUUUGUGCACAAUUUUGGUGAAUGCCCCCCUCCCUGCCUACGGCCAAAUUUUGAUCAAAAAUGCAUAAUUACAACUGGAUGCAAAUCAUGCAAUCAAAGCAAAGUGCAAUAAAAUUUGAUAUUUUGCUUCUCCCUCGUCUUUGUUAGCUCCCUCAGCUCACAUACAACUUAGACUUGUGCAUGAUGUAGUCAUGAAGAUCUUGAACUAGAUCUUGAUCUAUUACAUUAUAUGAUAAAACGUAAAACCCAAUGCAGCAUGGAUUUUGUGAAGGGAUAGAAGAUUGGAGAACCAAUAUUUACAUUUAAUUGCCAAAUAAUUUAUAUUUUUAAUCAUUCUGUCACACUGCUACUGCCUGCUUUAAAUUUGUGAAUAAUUACCUACAUUUAAAAAAUUGAUGCAAAGUCCCCAAAAUGUGGGUUAAUUUUGAACACUACUUAACAAGUAUCAAAAUCUUGUUCGAGCUUAUAACUGCGCAUUAUUUUUACUUUUGAAAAUAGCGAAAUCUCUUUCUCGAUGUCUCCGUUCUCUUGCAAUCAAAUAAUUAAAGUCCUAUCCAAAUAAAUGUCCCGCCAUCUCUUUGUCGUGAAAAGAAAUCAUCGCGCUGUAAAUAGUACUAUUUUCAUUAUAUAAGUAUGAAAUUAAAAAAAAGUUGGUAUUUAUUUCACCAGCUCUCUCUCUCUCCCUUUCUCUUAUAUACUAUAUUUAUUGUAUUUAUCAGAUAUUAAUAUAUUAUCAUGAUCAAAGAUUAAAUAUGACUAAAAUUAUGUGUUUGAUGAAACUGUUUUUAAAUUUAUAAUCGGUAAUCUCACAUUUUCGGUAAACAUGGAUUGUAUGCAUACGAAGUUCUGGAACUGAAUUAUUAAAAAAAAAAUCAUAUAUCACAUUACAUUCCAAUAGUAUAUAUCAUAGGCCUCAUUUUAGUCGAAAAGUUUCUGUAGGAUUUUAAAAUUAUCAAUUGAGCGUCGUCAUGCGAUAUCCUUUACUGUAAGUCAUCAUUAUACUUAUUUUCGCUUAGUCAUAAUUAUGUUUGUUAAUCAUUUGUACAUUACAUUACAACAACUAGAAUGACUAUUACCAUAAUUGUAAUAACUAUUUCUAUAAUAAUCGGUUUACGUUCA